CCAGCACUACUAAGAUACGGAGAGAGAGAGAAUACUUUUCAGGAUCAGAAUUCUGUAGAGAUCGCAAAAAUGGUGAUCGGAUGGAGGAGAGCUUUCUGCACUUCAUCUACACGAGAUCGAGAAUCCAAGCAACCUAAGCUCCUCAAGGAAGAACCGAUCAAUAUCAAUAACGUCGGCGACGGCGUCUCUCCUCCAAUCCUCUCCUCGAAUUUAUCUACUCCUACUACUAGCCUCCGCUGCCACACCGCAGCAACGAUUCCGCCGCCUUCUUUACCGGUGAAUCCAUGCCUACAACAAUUACAAUGCAAGACUAUGAGAAAUACUCAUAGCAAUUCCACUUUUUCUUUCCUCAGGUCCAGCUUACGUCUCUCCAAAAGUAGGUGCGGGAUCUGCUUUCAAAGCGUUAAGUCAGUUCAAGACACCGCCAUCUUCAUCGCCGAGUGUUCUCACACCUUUCAUUUACGUUGUAUCGCUGCUCAGGUUAAGAAGCAACGCAACCUCUCUUGCGCUGUUUGUUGUUCCGUUUGGAAAGAAUUGCCUGGAUUGACAACAGGUAAUAAUCACCGUAGGCUUGAAUCUGAUGAAGAAACUGAUCAGAGGACAGAGAUGCAGGUAGCGACGGUAGAGAAGAAGAAGAAGCAGUAUGUUAGAUCAGAUUUGAAGAUCUAUAAUGACGAUGAACCGUUAUUAUCUCCAAUGUUGUCUGGCGUUCGAUUCAGUCCUAUACCUGAAUCAGACGAAAAUGAGCACGAAUCUGAAGAUAACGAAGAAGAAUUCAAAGGAUUUUCUACCGAUUCAAAUUACACUUCUAGUCCGGCGGCGACGGUCAGUUUUAGAAAUGUGGAGGCGAUGCUGUUACCAGAAUCCGCGGUGGUUUCAACUGGUCGUAACAGUGAAACUUGUGCAAUCGUUCUCAAAGUUAAAGCUCCUCCAUCUCCGGCGAGAAGUUCUCUUCGCGCAUCUAUUGAUUUAGUUACUGUUCUAGACGUAGGUAGUGAUAUGACUUCCGAUAAGGUACAACUGAUGAAACGCGCUAUGCGAAUGAUUGUUUCUUCACUCUCAUACACCGAUCGUCUCUCGAUCGUAGCCUUCUCUUCCAAUUCAAAAAGACUAUUACCGCUCCGACGAAUGACGGCAAACGGCCGGUCAUCCGCUCGUAGAAUCAUAGACGCGAUCAUUUCUUGUCAAGGCAAAUCAAGUCCGAAUGAUGCAGUAAAGAAAGCCAUUAAAGUUCUCGAAGAUCGAAGAGAUAGAAAUCCAUUUUCCACCAUCAUUUUAAUGUCCGACGUUUCAACUCGUUUAUCUCAUAUGGAGAUUCCAGUUCACUCCAUUAGACUCAGCCACAGAGAAGCUUCUUCUUCUUCUUCUACUACUUCUUGUUCUUUGAACGAUGAAUUUGAAAAAUCCAUUGUUGAUUUGUUGAGCGUGGUUGUUAAAGAUCUUCAGAUUCAGCUAUCAAUUCAAUCCAAUUCAUCACCGGGAGAGAUUGCAGCUGUCUAUUCUUUAUCAGGACGAUCCGUAUCCCAUUCAGGUUCGAUGAAACUCGGCGAUCUACACGCGGAAGAAGAAAGAGAAGUGAUGAUAGAAGUGAAAGUUCCAUUAUUAUCAUCAAUCCGAUCCAAUCAAGUAUUAUUAACAGUCAGAUGUUUCUACAAAGAUCCUUCAACGGAAGAACUCGAUGAUAAAGUUCAAACCCUAAUGAUUCCACCGCCAAACGCAGUUCAAUCGAAUAUACAACGGCUGAGGAGUAUAUUCGUGAGUACACGCGCCUUAGCCGAGUCGAGACGUCUCAUCGAGCGUAACGACUUAACCGGCGCAUACCAUAUGCUGACAUCGGCUCAAGGCUUACUUUCUGAAUGCUGCGGCGGCGGUGGCGGCGCGGAAGAGGAUGAUCUUGGUAGAGGAUUGGAAGCUGCCAUUGCUGACCUGCAAUCUCGGCAGCAGCAAUUGACGGCUUUUCACGGGCGGCGUGUAGCUGCAUUUGUGGAUGAGCCGCUGACUCCGACUUCGGCUUGGAGAGCGGCGGAAAGAUUGGCUAAGGUAGCUAUUAUGAGGAAAUCAAUGAAUCGAGUUGGCGAUUUGCACGGCCUUGAAAACGCGGGGUUUUAGAAGAAGAAGAAGAAAACGCGCGAUCUGAGGAAUGUUUUAGAAUAGCGACAAAGCGGUAGCCGACGCUUAAGCCCUUUCUCAUAAAAGCGGUUUCUUUUGGUUUGAUUAAUCAAAAUCUUUUUCUUCUUAUUUUCUUCCUUCCAUGACUUGAUUAUGAUAUUUGAAAUUUUCAUAUAAUAGAUAAGUUAUGAAUAUGACACUAAAAAAAUAUAGUAAAUAAAUGAAAUUAGGAAUAAAUUGAUGAAAAAUUAAAUCAUUAUUUAUU